UUAAUAUCUUUGAAUUGAAAUAAAGGAGAUAAAUCUUUCGCAAACAAAGGAAUAAAAAGAUAAAAAGAGAUAAAGAUACUCCUUAUCUCUAAGAGCGCGUGCAUCCAUCGAUCUACUAUAUACAAUCAUGAAUCAUGUGAUGAACUGAACCUACGCGGCUACGCAACCGAAUGGCUGACAUGCUGGCUGACGUCCCGGACCACGAUGCAUCCCGCCGGCGCCGUGCACCGGACACGUCGUCGAGGUGCCGGGCGGAGAAGGUGACGGGGACGCACGACUUCGAGGUGGUCAACUACUCGCUCCUCGACGGCCGCAUCGGCGUCGGCGUGUCCGUCAAGUCGGCCCCGUUCGCCGUCGGCGGCUACAGCUGGAGGAUCGAGUUCUACCCGGACGGGAAGUCCGUGGAGGACUGCUGCUGCUGCAUGCCCGCGGCGUCCGCGUACGUCUCCCUCUGCGACGGCGCGGCGCCGGUGAGCGCCAAGUACACCCUGAGCCUCGUCGGCAGGGACGGCCGGGCGUCGCGGCGCUGGCGCCGCCGCGCGUCCACGGCGACCUACGGGUGGCCUCACCCCAAGAGCUGGGGCUUCAACAACUUCUACCUCAAGCCGCUCCUCCGCCUCUCCGGGUGCCUCGACGGCGUCCGCCUCAGGAUCCGGUGCGAGCUCACCGUCUUCAUGCCGCCGCGCACGGAGGACACCACGCCCGCGCCGGCCCCGCCGCCGGAGCUGCCGGGCCACCUCGAGCGCGUGCUCAAAGACGGCAGGGGCGCCGACGUCACGUUCAACGUCGCGGGCAGGGAGUUCCGCGCGCACAGGGUCGUGCUCGCCGCGCGGUCGCCCGUGUUCGACGCCGAGCUCCUCGGCCCCAUGGCGGAGAAGGACGCGCGGCGCGCCGUGCGGGUCGUGGACAUGGAGCCGGCGAUCUUCGAGAUGCUCCUCCACUUCGUCUACACGGACUCGCUGCCGGGGAGCUUUGACGGCUACGGCACUGCAGUGACGCAGCAUUUGCUGGUCGCCGCGGAUCGGUACGGGCUGGAGAGGCUCAAGCUGAUGUGCGUGGAGAAGCUGUGCAGGAGCAUCGAUGUGUCGACGGUCACGACGACACUGGCUUUGGCGGAUCAGCACCAUUGCCAAGAGCUUAAGGAAGCCUGCGUUGCGUUCAUCAUGUCGUCGCCGAAAGUGCUAAGAGCCAUUGUGGCGACCGAUGAGUUCAAGCACCUGAUGGCGAGCUGUCCCCAGCUGGUUUCGGAUAUAUGGAAGCCUUGACAGUGCAUCAGCCGAAAGGAAAUAGCCAUCAAGAAUAGGUGGCCUCUCUACUAUAUAUUAAUAUAUACCACGACUUUUUUUUGUUCGCAAAUCAACUCAU